GAGCCUGGUAGGGUGGAGUUUUAUAGGAUGACUCACACCCACCGAGAUGGCAGCUUUGUCCGGGAGGAGUCAAGAGAUAUAGUUGAUAGGGCAACAAAUCUUAUUUCGGAGCGCGUCGGGGGGUCAUCAUCAUCCGACGCGACCCAUAAUAUUGAAGCUGAAGUGCUCGCUGAAUUGAUGGGCCCAGAGCGUUAUGGUCGAGUGAGGGGUUACGGCGUUGGAGUUACCCCCACUCAGUUGUCUUCAGUGGGCACAUAUACAAGAAAUGCCAGAGAAUCUAGUAACACUGCAGAAGUUCGUCGGCUUCAAGCAACUAUUGAUGAGUUGAAGCAAAACCAAGCAAAUUUGCAGUCUCAGCUUACGAAUAUUUCUUCCAUGUUACAACGGUUUCUCCCUUCUCAGAUUCCUGAUACUUCAAAUGCUAGUAGAGAUGAUGAUGGAGCUGAAUCCCGUCCCUGAUGCAUUCUAGAUUAUCUUUUAUGAGUUUGAUAUGUAUAUGUUUCUGCUUUUUCAGAGUACAUUGUAAUUUGCUUUUUCAGAGUACAUUGUAAUUUGCUUUUUUAGAGUACAUUGUAAUCUGUAUGGCAGCUU